GUCAAAAGUUCCCAAAACAAGCUUUACAGUGAAUGAAGUGCUAAUGUUGCAAAAUGUUAUGAAAGGACACAGUCACCUUUUCAGCCAUAAGGAAAAUGGCUCAUUUAUACACAAAUUUCAUCUGAAUGGGCCUGAAGCUCGGCUAGCUGCAGGAAUGUAAUAUACCACCGUAGCCCGCAGGCCCACCGGGGGCAGGGCUGCCAUUCCUGGAGACGCAGCCGUCACCCUCAAGAUGUGGGUGCCCCCAGAUGAUUUCACGACCAGCUGUGAUGCUUGGAGUUUGCCUGCUGGAGCCACCGCACCUGAGCUGGGUUGUUAAUAUGGCUACUGACUCAGAUGUGCUGCAUUUCCAAUUUGAACAGCAAGGGGAUGCUGUGUUGCAAAAGAUGAACCUCUUGAGACAGCAGAAUUUAUUUUGCGAUGUAUCAAUAUAUAUCAAUGACACAGAGUUUCAUGGACACAAGGUGAUUUUUGCUGCCUGCUCCACAUUUAUGAGGGAUCAGUUUUUGCUCAAUCAGUCAAAACAAAUGCGAAUCACCAUAUUGCAGAGUGCUGAGGUUGGCAGAAAGUUACUGUUGUCUUGUUAUACUGGUGCUCUCGAAGUUAAAAAGAAGGAGCUUUUGAAAUAUCUCAUUGCUGCAAGUUAUCUUCAGAUGGUCCACAUUGUAGAGAAAUGUACCGAAGCAUUGUCUAAAUAUCUGGAAAUUGAUGCUUCUAUGGAGAACAGUAAUCAGAACACAGAGAAAUGUCAUUCCUCAGACACUGAGCUGAGAAAUAAAGAUGACAGUUUGGAUAAAGACUGUGAAAUAAUUGAAAUUUCUGAAGAUAGCCCUGUUAAUGUAGAGUAUAAUGUAAAACGGGAGAAAGGGGAUGUCUUACAACCUGCAAUGCAAAGCUUAAUAUCGGAAAGAAAGGACAUGAAGACUCCUGAGAUUUCCACAGUUGAAAUAGGAUAUAAAGAUGAUGAAAUUUGUAUCUUCAGGAUGGAUUCCAUGAACACAGCCAAUGUGCAAAAUGAUCAUUUUCCACAGCCUUGCACUUCUUCUAAAACAAGUUUAUAUUUUCCAGAAACACAACAUUCACUGAUAAAUUCUACUGUUGAGAGUAGAAUUACAGAAGUGCCUGGGAGUCAUUUUCAGGGCUUUGUCAGUGACAAUACAGAAGGAACCCUAAGUGGGUUUCAGAGUCUGGAGGAUUCUGGUUAUUCAUGGCGGCACCAAUGUCCUAAAUGUCCCCGAGGAUUUGUCCACCUUGAAAACUAUCUGAGACACUUAAAAAUGCACAAACUCUUCUUAUGCUUACAGUGUGGGAAAACAUUUACACAAAAGAAGAAUCUCAAUAGGCAUAUCCGAGGGCACAUGGGCAUCCGCCCAUUCCAAUGCAUGGUUUGUCUGAAGACGUUUACUGCUAAAAGCACGCUUCAGGACCACUUGAAUAUUCAUAGUGGGGACAGACCUUACAAAUGCCAUUGUUGUGACAUGGACUUUAAACACAAAUCUGCCCUAAAAAAGCACUUGACUUCAGUUCACGGAAGGAAUGGUGGUGACAAACCAAACCUUGACACAAUUACACAGAUCAAAAUAGACUAUGAUUAGUGGAUCUCUGGAUAGCUGUAAAGACAUGCUCUAUUUAAAACCCCGUUGUAGUGAAAUGCCAGAUGUUCACCAAAUCUUCAUGUAACGGAGACAAGUGCAAAUAAAUAUCUAAUUUUGCUUACUGUGUUGAAACCUAGUAUGGGUGCAAUUGUUUGGAUAGUGUUUGCUACUUGAAGAUAAAUGGCUAAAUAUCGGAACAAAAUUUGUGCUCCUUUACAAGUACUCAUGGUACGGAUAAAAGAUCGCUCUGUAAAACUUUUUCUUCUAAAGAGAACUCUUUGUGCUUGUCGUUCAGAUUUCCUCCUCCCAUUAGAGGACAAUACUAAUAUUUGAAGGACCCUUCAUAUCUCAACGAGCUGAAACCUGAACUGUUUAUUUCCCAACCUUUAAUAGAGUGGGGAAAGGGAUGUCAGUACCUAUUAGGGAGUCAAUCGUUCCCACUCAAUUGAGUGUUCUAAGUUCUUGUUUCAGUCUAUGGUGAGAUCACUUUCCCGGUUCAACAAAUUGUUGGCUCUUUUAGUAGAAAGAAGUCAGGGCCUAUUCUAUUCUAUAUAGAUUUUUCUACCACACUCAUCGUAUCUGAUUCUCAAGUGUGUAGUUUUAAAAAAUAAAAACAGGAAAACUCUUUAAUGAAGCUUUAAAAUUGUCUUUAUAAAUAGAGAAGCAGUAAAAGACACACACACACACACACACACACACUAUUCAGUUCACCUUUAACUUAAUAGAGUCUCAUUUUAUUCAUGUUCUAAAGUUUUCUAACAACCUGUUUGACAGCUUUGUUCUCACUGGUACAAAUUGUUUGGUUGUACACUUCUUUUAGUAAUCAAACCCUAAAUUAAUUCUUUGUCUUCUGAUUGUAUUUUGUUUGUCUUAGUUUUGUAAAUCUGAUGUGUACUGCGGCUGUGAAAAUCUGAGCUACAAGUUGUCAGAUAUUAGGAAUCUAUAUCUAUUAGAAAGGCAUUCUUUCUGUAUAAGGAGCAGUUUGGACACUGAAGAUUCUUCAGUCUCUAAUUGUAUGAUAUUGUAAAACACUAUUGUAUGUGUCUGGGUAGAUGUGUUACACUUCAUGGUUUUACCUGCAGGCAUCAAACUGCCCUAUAACUCAAACUCUUUAUCUUGUGCCUGUCGUUGAGUGGCAUAUAUGUUUCUUCCAUUUUAAUGUGGUAUAAAUAAAGAGUAUAUAUAGUUAUUGAAGUGGAAUAAUGCCAUUUAUUCUAGAUCCUCUUGAAUUGGAAAAAAACAGCAGUGCUCUUUCUUGUGUAUUUAUACCAUGUAAGGAUAUAUUUCCACAUUGAUCUUAUGUCAGUUGCAAAGGGAUAUCUUUAGUUAACCUCCUGUAUAUCUUGUAAUACAAAAGCCACUCUUUUUUGGGGGUUUCACUCACCAGCCAGUUAGGUAGUGUUUGUGUGCACACUAUAUACUGUGUAACUUACUGUUGUUCAUCUAUAAUAGCAAUGUUCAACUGUACUGGUAUGAUGACUGCUCUCUACUGGAAACCCAGUUUUGGCAGGCUUAAUGCUUUAGUCAUUUUACCUUUGUUUCAGGAUGAAUUUGUAAUAGGUUCUUCACUUGAUAGUUAGAAUCACGCUUUGAAUAACUGAUUUACCAGUCACUUCUUAUAAUGCCUAGAGGUCUCAGUUGAGUUCAGGAUCCCAUUAUGCUAGGCACUGCACAUGAACAUCAGAGAUAAUUCCUACCUCAAAGGGUUUGCCAUCUAAACAGAUAAGCUAGAGGGUGAUAGGAAGUACUGCUAUCUCUAUUUUACAGUACCCUCAGGGAUACUGAGGCACAGAGAGACUAAUGAAGAACAUGCUUCAGUUCAUUUUACCUAGUGUGAAGUAGUCCUAUUGAAGUGAAUUGGCGGACUAGUCAGUGUGUAAAGUUAAGCAUGUAUAUCAGUCUCUGUGGGAAUGGGGCCCAAAUGAUAUGCCCAAGGAAGGCAUAACUGGCCAGCUGAAACAAUAUCCUGAGUCCCAGUCUAGUGCUUUAAGCAUAAUGUAUCUUUCAUCUCUCUGCUCUUAUCCAAUAUACAUAAUUUGGACA